AUGUCUUCGCAGGGUGACGUCGAGCAGGGCGAGAAGGGAGAGAUUGUCAGCGAUGUCGUCGCUCAGGAAAAGGUCGACUGGGACGGGCCCGAUGACCCUGAAAACCCGAUGAACUGGCCGAACAGGAAGAAGAUGCAGCAGUUGGUUCUCAUGGCGGCCAACACAUUCAUCACACCCCUCGCCUCCUCAAUGUUCGCCCCCGGCAUCCAAGACGUGAUGCGCGACUUCGACGUCACAAGCUCGAUGCUCGCCUCGUUCGUCGUCUCCGUCUUUGUCCUCGGCUACGUCGUCGGCCCCUUUAUCAUCGCCCCCGUCUCCGAGCUGUACGGCCGGGUCCCAAUAUACCACGCGUGCAACCUGCUCUUCCUCAUCUUCACGAUCGCAUGCGCCGUCGCCCAGGACAUGCCGCAGCUGAUUGUCUUUCGACUACUCGCCGGUGUCGCGGGCGUGUGUCCGCUGACGAUCGGAUCGGGGACGAUUGCCGAUAUGAUUGAGAGCGAGAAGCGCGCAGGGAUCAUGGCCGUCUGGGCGAUGGGCCCGAUCCUCGGGCCGAUUGUUGGGCCUGUGGCUGGUGGGUUUCUGGCCGAGGCCGAGGGGUGGAGGUGGGUGUUUUGGGUUAUUGCGAUCACAACCGCCGUCGUGGCCAUCGGCUGCCUGAUCACCUACCGUGAGUCGUACGCGCCCGUCCUCCUCGAACGCAAAGCUGCGCGCCUGCGCAAAGAGACCGGAAACACAUCGCUGCGCUCCAUCCACGACACGGUCCGAACACCGCGACAGGUCUUCGUCGACGCCUUUACGCGCCCCGUCAAGCUCCUCUUCCUCAGCCCCAUCGUCUUCCUCUUCAGCCUCUUCGCCGCCGUCUCCUACGGGUACCUGUACCUCAUGUUCACGACGCUCACGAGCAUCUUCGAAAACCAAUACGGAUUCUCCGCCUCACUAGCAGGCCUCGCAUACCUCGGAUUCGGCGUCGGCAGUCUCCUAGGUCUAGUAAUCAGCGGCGUCGUCGGCAACAAAAUCGCAACAUCACACAUCCAAAAGGGCAUCUUCCGCCCCGAAUCCCGCCUCCCGCCCAUGCUCUUCGGCGCCUGGGCAAUCCCCAUCGGCCUCUUCUGGUACGGCUGGUCGGCCGAGGCCAAGACCCACUGGAUCGUGCCCAUCAUCGGCACGGCCGUCUUCGCCGUCGGCCUCAUGACCGUCUUCAUGGCGGCAAACACGUACCUCGUCGACUCGUACCUGCUGCACGCGGCGUCUGUGACGGCGGCCAACACGGCGCUGCGCAGUCUGGCGGGCGCGGUCCUCCCGCUGGCGGGGCCGGCCAUGUAUGAUGCGCUGGGAUUGGGAUGGGGGAAUUCGUUGCUGGCGUUUAUUGCGCUAGUCAUGUGUGGCUGUCCGCUGCUGUUUUGGAGGUAUGGGGAGCUGAUCAGGACGCAUCCGCGGUUUCAGAUUCGGUUAUAG